AUGAAAUUCACAAACCUCCUUUCCAUCUUGUCCCUGGCCACCCUGGCCCUCUCCGUGCCAACCGGUGAAAUCAACGGCAAAGCAAAAGACAUACCCUGGGGUGCAUUCCCAGUAUCUUCCUCCCCAGCCGUCUCCCAACCAUCUGCAACAUCAAAUACCACAUCCAACGGCGUCAGAAAUCUCGGACGAGCCGUGGUAGUAAAUCACUGCAAUGUUCCAAUCUACAUCUGGUCCGUAGGAUCGACCGUUGGCCCCCAACAAACGAUCCCGUCAUACGGGCGCUUCUCCGAGAUCUACCGCCACGACAAAGAAAGCGGCGGCAUUGCCCUCAAGAUUAGCACCAUGCAUGACGGUUUGUACUCGAACUCACCCAUGACUGUCUUUGCGUACAACAUUGCCGAUAGCAAGGUGUGGUACGACAUAUCCGACGUGUUCGGUGAUCCGUUCAGUGGCCACCACGUUGUAUUGCGGCCGGCCGAACCCGAGAUUUUCUGGCAGAAUGGGAUUCCGCCUAGCGGAAGCAUGGUUCGAGCGCAGGAAGACUCAGUGGAUUUGACUCUGACGGUGUGUUGA